GAGGAGGAGAGUCUGAUGGAGGAGCAGCUCAGCCACUGCAGUGAGAAACAUCUGUUCUUCAUAAAAGGCAAAAGAAGGAAAAGCAAGCCAAAACCUCUGCACACCGAUGACCUAAAAAUAACCCACCCAAGGCCAACAAGUACAGAUAAACCAGUUGUGAUCCCUGUGGAAAAGACUUUUACUACUAUGAAGCAAGCCAGAAGACACCAGCGCACCGAUAGUGGGGACAGAAGCUUUAGAUGUGAUCGUUGUGGAAAGUCUUUUACUCAUAAUAGCAGCUUAAAAAGACAUCAGCUCAUCCAUGCUGAAGUUAAACCCUUUAGCUGUGAUCGGUGUGGAAAGUCUUUUUCUCAGCAUCACAGUUUAAAAAAACAUCAGCUCAUCCACACUGGAUUUAAACCAUUCAGCUGUGAACAGUGUGGAAAGUCUUUCACUUCCAAAAGUAACUUAAAAGGACAUCAGGUCAUCCACACUGGAGUUAAACCAUUCAGCUGCGACCAGUGUGGAAAGUCUUUCACUUCCAAAAGUAACUUAACAGCACAUCAGCUCAUCCACACUGGAUUUAAACCAUUCAGCUGUGAACAGUGUGGGAAGGCUUUUACUCAGGAUGGAAGCUUAAAAAAACAUCAGCUUAUCCACUCUGGUGUUAAACCAUUUAGCUGUAAUCAGUGUGGAAAGGCUUUUACUCACAAAAGGAACUUUAAAGAACAUCAGUUUAUCCAUGCUGGGGUUAAACCGUUCAGCUGUGAUCAGUGUGGAAAGUCUUUUACUCGCAAAAGUCACUUAAAAGGACAUCAGCUCCUCCAUGCUGGAGUUAAACCUUUUAGGUGUGAUCAGUGUGGAAACUGUUUUACUCACAAAAGUCACUUAAAAGAACAUCAGCUUAUCCAUGCUGGAGUAAAACCUUUUAGGUGUGAUCAGUGUGGAAACUGUUUUACUCACAAAAGUCACUUGAAACAACAUCAGCUCAUCCAUGCUGGAAUUAAACCAUUCAGCUGCAAUCAGUGUGGAAAGGCUUUUAAUCGCAAUAGUCACUUAAAACAACAUCUGCUCAUCCAUGCUGGAGUUAAAGCAUUCACCUGUGAUCAGUGUGGAAAGUCUUUUACUCAUAGAAGUCACUUAAAAGAUCAUCAGCUAAUCCAUGCUGGAGUUAAAUCAUUUGUCUGUGGCCAGUGUGGAAAGUCUUUUACUCAUAUUAGUAAUUUAAGAAAACAUCAACUCAUCCACACUGGAGUUAAAUCUUUUGUCUGUGGCCAGUGUGGAAAAUCUUUUACUCAUAUUAGUAAUUUAAGAAAACAUCAACUCAUCCACACUGGAGUCAAAUAAUUGUUUUGUGAUCACUGUGGAGGCUUUUACUUAUAUAGACACAUUUAAAAAGCACCAGAUCAUUCACACUGGAAUUAAAGCAUUUGUGGUCAGUGUGGAAAGUCUAGUUUAAUCAUCUAAAAAAAUAAAGAUAUCAACCAUCUUAAAAUUAAAACACUGAAACGUGAAUGGGGUGGAAAGUUUUAUAUCCAUAACACAAACUUGUUCAACUGACAAAGUGUCCCUCAAUGUACCUGCACAUGUGAUGUGACAAUAAAAGUGAUUUGAUUUGAUUUGAUUUGAUCUGUAACAAAACUGGCAGACCGUCGUGACAGUACUCUGACAGAGUUCUUUUGGACAGAGUGAGAAACACAGCUGAUCUGAACAAAUCUUCUGUAUGCCUGGUCAAACUUAAAAACUUGAUCAGGCCUGACAGAAUUCAGCUUUAAUCUCCUGUUCAAUGCUACUGCGAGAAAGUCCGUUAUAUCAGUUAAGACCUUCUACAUGCUCUCUGGUGAAAGCGAGUGUGGAUAAACUUUGACAGCAUUGAGCAAGCUAAGUAUUAGAAAGACUUAGGACUAGGUAAAAUGAGCAAGUAAAUGGAAAGAGAUUCACAGAUGUGAUGUUUGCUUUGAGGGUUUGAUGGAGACUGUCAGAUCUUCACUAUGUCUUUGUGGAUCUGGUGGUGCAGGACAUGAAAACAGACUGGUGAAAUGUGUGGUAACAGAUUGAUUGAAGGUGGGGGUGGGAUUACAUCAAUUCUGAGCCCCUUCUUGCUUCCAGUUGUGAUGGACAGGCUGACAUGCAAGAUAAGU